CUAACAGAGGUAAAGUGUCGACUCAUUCACUUUUCUCUGUCUCUAACUGGAAUGAACACGUGAGCAAUAGUGAGAGAUGUAGUAAAUACAGAAUGAUCGUUCCUAUUGUGUUGUACUAUCUAAAUGUAGUGACCAUUUUGUUAUAUCAGGUUACAUACAGACGCCAAACUGGGACGGGCAUAGAAAGUACCCGGUGCACAUGGACAGUUGGGUGAAAGUGGACAUUCCUGAGCAGAGUGCAAUCAUGGUGUCUGUUCCUCACAUGGACAUCGAAGGUCGUGUGCCAACCAUUUGCCCAGCCGAUGGUUUAGAGGUGUAUGAAAACGAUAUCUCAAAUCAGUCUUCUUGGACUAGAUGCAGAGACGUGCCAGUGCUUACCAUACUGCAUCAAACUCGAACGCUGUUUGUUCAUUUCUACAGCAACGAAUAUGGCAACAACACAGGUUUUCGACUUGUCUUUACCAUACACAACCUGUCUGCAGUUCCAACCCUGCUGGAGGAUGGCAGAUGGAACUGCUCCGGCUUAAACAAGACCGACUUUAGUGAUCACUUUUCUUGUAACUUAAAGUAUGACUGCAUCGGCAGUGAAGACGAAGCUGAUUGCCCCUACACAAGUCCCCGCUGUGGAGUAGGUCAACCUUUUUUCGAAAACUCUUGCUAUAUCUGGCAGAUGCCGUGGCCUCUCAUGACGUGGAAGGAGGCGUUUGACUUUUGUCUGUCACAGGGAGCGCGUCUGGCGAGUCUCAACACCCCGGCAGAGUACAACAACGUCUUCAGCUUGCUUAGAUUGACGGAAUACGGCAACGCCUAUGUAGGAAUGUUGCAGAUGUUCAUGCAGCGGCCGAUGUAUCUUAAUGCUUUACAGUGGACUGACGGCACAAUAGCGUAUUUCAAGACGAUCGACGGUGUCGCUACUAUGCCAGCCUGUGGGCUUUUUUACUUGCAAGACAUGAAUGGAGGGAUAAAACUGAAAAAAUGCGACGAACCGAGAAUCUCGCACGCUCUGUGCGAGACAGAAGCAGCUCCAGGAAAUCAGCUCCGGCCAGAGAAGAGCAAUCCUCGCAUCACAUUUUUAGACAUCUCUGCCUGGCAAAAUGAUUCUUCGAAAGUCGUUUGUCCAGCAGGUCACAUGACACACACCUUCCUGUCGUGUGACGUGGCCAGCGCUUGUUGGAUGCGGAGUUCACUCUCGUCCUGUGACGCGCCGCUGUCUAGUCUGCCGCCGGCUUUUGAUUGUGACAACGGCUUUGAUCGGGUGCCGCACACCCUGGUGUGUGAUCAUCGUUCAGACUGUCCUGACGGAAGUGACGAAGAUUUUUGUGAGUUUGCUUCAUGCUACACAAGUGGGAAAUACGACUGUGGUAACCAUCAGUGCGUUUCGGAAAGCGAGAGGUGUGACGGUGUAGAGCAGUGUGUCAACGGUAUGGACGAGACAAAGUGCCUUCAAAAAACAAUUACAUCUAAGGCUAUAUUGCUCCCGGCCAUCGUGGACCUUGACAACCAUGGCCAGCUUGUAGUGAAGCCUCUAGAGUCGCAACUAUCCUCCCUACAGUCCAAUGCAUGCCCACACACUCAUUUCGAGUGUCCAGGUGUGAACUACUACUGUCUGCCGGUGUAUCUGCGGUGUAACGGCGUGUACGACUGUCCUGGCUACUCAGACGAAGAGGACUGCGAUACGUACACGUGUCCUGGCUUGUACCGAUGCCGCGCCUCGCACGUCUGCCUUCAUCCUCACCACCUGUGCGACGGCUUCAACCAGUGUCCGCAGCACGACGAUGAGCUGACGUGCGGCCUCACCUGUCCACACUCUUGCACCUGUUUCGGGCUUUCAUUCAUUUGUACCAAGGCAGUUACGCUUUAUGAAUAUCCAUCCUUGCGAUAUCUCGAUGCAAAAGGCACAGGUAUGACGCCAAGAAGUAUAAGGAACAACAGCCUUCUUAUUCACCUCAGUCUUGCAGACUGUAACCUAGAGGAUCUAGACGAUUUUGCCUUACCUAACCUCUGUAUUCUGGAUCUUACGGGAAACAACUUAAAUGUUAUCAACCAUAGACAAUUAGAGAAUCUGCCUAAUCUGAAAACCUUGAAACUAUCAGGCAAUCCUUUAAUAUCUCUUUUCCCGGAAAAGUAUAUUAUAGCGCCUUCGUAUACAAGACUGCGUAUCCUAGACUUGUCCCAUGUGAGGAUAAGUACAUUAGUUCCAACUUCUUUAAGUAUUUUUACUAAUCUAGAAGUCCUAAAUUUAUCUGAGACUGGUGUGGAAAUCGUGUCUGGGAAUGGUUUUCAUGUACUUCCCAACUUGAAAUCUUUAGAUCUUCGUGGGUGUCCUGUGAAGAUCUUUCCUCGUGACCUUCUGACUGGACUUCACCUUCUAGAAGCUGUCUACACAGACAACUACAAGCUCUGCUGCCCAGCCAUGCUACCAGAAAAGUUCAAUCCAACCAACUGUCAUUCCCCUCACGAUGAAAUAUCAUCUUGUGAGGCGUUGUUGAGAUCUGAUUUCUACCGGGCACUACUGGCGGUAUUCGCAGCCAUGAGUUUACUGGGUAAUGUCUGUAGUUUUAUCUAUCGCGUCUUUCUGGAACGAAACUCUAGCCAGUUAGGGUUUGGUGUGUUUGUCAUACACCUAAACAUGUCUGACUUUAUUAUGGGAGUGUACCUGGUGAUGAUUGGCGUCGCUGACCGUGUGUAUCAGGGUUCGUACCUGUGGAACGACAGCACGUGGAAGAGAAGCGGUGCCUGUCAGAUGGCCGGCUUUCUGUCUCUACUGGCCAGCGAGGUGUCUGCUUUCAUCGUGUGUCUCAUCACACUGGAUCGUUUCCUCGUCCUUCGCUUUCCCUUUAUCGGUAUUCACUUUAACAAGAGGUCAGCUCACAUGGCCUGCAUGCUAGCGUGGGCAGUAGGGAUAACUCUAGCCUCGGUUCCUCUACUACCCAUGACGUCACACUGGCAGUUUUACGGCCAAACAGGAAUCUGUAUCCCCCUUCCUGUUACCCGUAAUAAGUACGCGGGCCAUGAUUACUCGUUUAACGUUUUAACGGGGCUCAAUUUUGUACUGUUAAUGCUGAUAGGCAUUGGACAGGCUUUUAUUUUCUGGUCUAUUCGUACCAACAGCAUGUCUAUGUGCGACAGCACCAAGAGAUGCAAAGAUUUAACCAUAGCUCGCCGCCUGAUCAGCGUGGCUGUGACAGACUUCUUGUGUCGCUUUCCCAUCGGGCUUGUGGCCCUUCUGGCCUCUCAGGGCGUGUCCAUUCCUGGUGAGGUCAACGUGGCCAUGGCUAUCGUAGUUUUGCCGGUCAACUCGGCCUUGAACCCGUUUCUGUACACGCUCAACACCUUACAGGAGCGAAGACGACGCCAGAAGGAAGCCAGACGAAUGAAGCUUUAUUUGUCUCAAAGCAACACGACCUCGGCGAAGAAGGUAAAAUCUGUGUCUUUUGCGACUUAUAUAUAGCCCUAUAGCCAUAGUGAGGUCAUCGCGCGUACUAAAGCGGUCUUAGCUGACAUGCACUCCAAGUCGUUGAAAACGUUUACACUUUGUUUUUAAUGACCAGAAACGGACGUUGUGCCUAUAUCCGACUAGAUCUACCUUAAAAGCUUUAAAAAAAAAUAAUUUAAAAAAGCAGAAAGCACUUUAAGUGUUCCGUCAUGGAAGAAAAAGAAUGCCGCGGAGCACAUGAGAAAUAAAUUAAAAGCUAAAAAAAUGUAUAGAAAAUAAUUUAUUUUUAUUUCAAAAAAGAGACACGUAAAAUGCGCUGAACACUUGUGUUCUAAUCUUUUCUCAGUAGAAGGUUCUUAUCGAGUACUGUUAGUAUGUCAUAGGUCGACCCCAUUACCGAGAUGGGAGCGUGUGUUGGGAAAGAUCUGUUGUUGUUAAUGAAUUGCCUUUAGGGAACUAGGUAACAUGGAUAUUUUUGUCCUUUUUUUCAUGUUUGGUUGUUGCAUCGGUUUAUGCUAGCUAUGUGUGACGGUGCUUGCUGUUAAUGAACUGCCUUUACAUCAUAGUAUCUGCACAGUUUUCACCACUGACAACCCUGCUUUUGACUGUAUAAGAAAGCCCUACUCAUUUCUCAACUUUCUCAAAAGGUUUUGACAAAAAGUAAAAUAAGAACGCAAUAGACAUUUCUGAAAGAGUUGAUGUAAAAAUGAAACUGAAUAAAAGUUUUAUUUUAGCAGCAAUGUAGGGGAUGUAUUUUAUGCGCCGAAUGAUAUCCCUUGUUGUAAAGUGAAUGGAGGAUAGUCCAGUGGUUCUCAAAGUAUUUCGGACCAAGGACCACUUUACUUAAGUAAAAAAUAUGGCGGACC